AUGUGGUCUAAAAUAUCUCUGCUUGAGUGUCUCGAGUAUGUCCAGCAAUUAAAAUUCCGUUUAGGCUCAAAAGACUUCAAUGAGAAUGUGAAUGUUCUGUUUAUUUACAUUUUAUUCAUCCUUUCCGUGUAUUUUCUGUUUUAUCAGCUGUUGAAGAAAUUACUAACAAAAUCAAAAGUCUCGAAAGUUAUGCAUCGCCAAUCAAUUAAUUGCAUCUGGAACUUUAUAUUUUACUUUUGUUGUACGACAUUCUUAAUUCUCUAUCAUUCAUACUUUAUAAAAGAUGAAUUGGAUUUUGAGAAAGGAAAAUGGUAUCCAAAAAGAAGGAAUCUCCUGUUUUAUAAGCCAUGCGAUAUGGUCAAAUUCAAAAUAAUUACAUGCAUAAUUUCCGGAUUUAACGUUUGUGCUGCAAUUCUUGACCUUCAUGCACGAGACUUAAGUGAAUCGAUUUCAAAAAUCUUAUUCAGCUUCUUAGUCGUGAUUUGUUACAUUUAUGGAUAUGAGAAUUAUUCAGUAGUGCUUAACAUAAAUUUAGGAUUAUUCCACAUGUUCACAGAAUUGCUAGCAUUACUGUCAUUGCACACAGAAAAGGAUCAGAUUCUUAUGUAUCGAGUAUUUGUCGUCUUCAAAUUUAUAUCAUGGAUUUAUGUAUUCCUGAACUUUCUUCCAUUCCAAUAUAUGAUUCCAACAAUUCAUGCAAGAGAAGUGGAAAUUGGACUAACAAUAGGUUUUGUGGCUUGGUAUAUAUCAAGAAUUUGGUGCUCACCAUUUCUACAUGCUCUUCAGCAUCAACUCUAUCAUCUCAAUUCCUUCGAUUGUCAAGGAGAAAAUUCGCUCUCUAGAUGCUUAAUGCUUAAAGACACGCCGGAACUAAAGCACUAUAAAAGCCUUAAACGAGCAUACUUUGAAAUUAAAUUACAUCACGAACGAUAUCAAUUAAAUAAACUGAAUCUCAGCGAGCAUGCAGCAUCGGCUAAAGCUUUUCAAACAAUCAAGGCUGUUAUGACAUUGAAGAGAAAAUUGAAAAGGAUUCGCGAAAAUAAGAAUGAUCAGCAAGAGAAGCAACAAUAA